ACUGUGAAUCGUGAUGCGAACAACAAUAUGCUACAACCGGCACACGAAUGUGGGUAUGCUCUCUCAUUUUAAAUGCCGGACCCGGUCACCAUAAAUAUGAUCAGUUUUGAUAUGUUCUUUUUUUCGUGAAUUUUACUACUUUAUAUUACUGCAUUCAUACGGACAACGUUUUAUUUGACAAAAACAAUAAUUAUCUUACAUUGUUUUGGCUACACACACGUCGAUCGCACCAGAUCAUGGACCUGCACACAGCGUGUACACUGAAUCACCCAAAGGUGAUUGACAUGCUGCCUCUAAGCAACAAUUUAAAUAUGGCAAAUAAAAAAGGAUGGACUUGCCUAAUGUAUGCUUGCUAUUAUGGGAACAAAAAUCUUGUAGAUCGUAUAAUAGAUUUAGAUCCAACAACAUUGUUCUCGAUCAACAACGAUAAACAAACACCUUUAAUGAUUGCAACCAUGUCCGGUAACGUAUCCAUAGUGAAGAAAACAUUUCACGUUGACAUUUUGGAGAUGCCUGAUAAACUAGGCAGAUCUGCAAUGUUUUAUGCGGUAUUAUACAAUCAAGAAGAAAUAUUGGAGUAUUUUAUUGAAAAACAAGCCAAUUGUAACGUAAUUGACAACUUCGGCAAGACUAUGACUAUGACAGCUAUCUCUAAAGGAUUCCGGAGAGUAAUGAAAUUGUUGUACGAGUAUGAAAAUAGAGACGAAAAAAAUGUGUUGAAGACUAUGUGGUCAGAAAAAAUGGAAAAGGCCAAAAUCGAUCAUCAAAGUGACGAACGUUUAGAUUAUCACGUAGAAAAACUAUUAAGACAGUUGUCGCUGGAAAAAUAUUGGCCGCUGUUCGACGAACGAAACAUCCGGUAUAAUGAUUUCUUGAAGUUAUCUGAGCAAGACUUAAAAGAUAUCGGUAUAAAUUUAUUUGGUCCAAGGAGGAAGUUAAUUAUGACUAUUGACAAAUUAAAUGAAUUAAGAACAUCAGAGGAACACUCAAGAAGUUGAAAAUUGCGUAGACUUUUUAUUUUAUAUUAACCUUUACUGUAUUGAUGUACUUUUAUAAUUUUUACCUAUAAAUAUUUAUGAUUUU